UUCGAAUAAACAAUACAAGGCACAUCAAGACUUCAAAGGCAUUUCUAGAAAAAUAAAUAAAACUUCAAGUACAUAUUUUGAUAUAGAAAGUUCAACAGAAUCUUGUAAUGGUAUGCGUCUUAUAUGUGAGCAUAGAAAUUCUUUCACCACCACCAUAGGAUGUUUCAUUCCAGCUGGUGCAAUGUAUGAAACACAGGAUGAACGUGGUAGUGCUUUAUUUUUAGAACAUUUAUUUUUCAGAGUAAGAUAAAGAUAUAACAUGAGUAACAUAUAAAAUUUAUUAAAAUGAAUAUUGAAUACUUACACUUCAUAUAGAGAACAAAAUGUUACGACAAAGAACAAAUGAAAUGUAAUUUUAUGGAACAAUAGUUUCAUGCAAAAUAGACAAAAUCAUUCAGUUAUUUGCAAAUGUAAUUUCGAAUGGAGUGAUAAAGAUGUUAUACAGGAAAAAGUUGUAAUUUUAGAAAAACUUUCUGAAAUGGAAUCAGAUAGAGAAAAAAUUGUAAUGGAUUAUUUACCAACUAUUGCAUAUCAGAAUACUGCUCUUAGUAAUAGUGUAUAUCCUGAAACUGAUACAAUAAAAAAAUUUUCUACAAAAAAUUUAUGUGAAUUUCGCAAUCGUUUAUUUGAAACAUGUUACAUGACGAUGGUUUGCACUGGAUCCAUUUGCUUAAAAGAAUUGCAAAGAAUUAUCUGUAAACAUUUUGACUGUAAUGUUGAGGAUUAUAAAUCAUCAUUUGGACUGCUGAACUACGAUUCAGAUGACAAUGAACUGAGAUAUGCAGCAAUAGGAUUUGAAGGAUCAAGUUACAAAGAACGUGAAGAUAGAAUUGCCCUUACUGUAGCCAAAGAAAUCAUAGCAAGAACGCUUUAUUCUCGAUAAUUUAUAUAUUCAUAAUAUUUAUAUAGUAUAUGGUUCGUGCAUUGCAAAAAGAAUGGAUGAAAUUAUGCACAGUAAUAACCGAGAAAGAAGUAUCUCGAGCUGUUCGUCAAUGUAUUACAAAAGAUUUGCUGAUACUAAACAAUCCGGAAAAUCAAAGUAACUGCAGAUAAAAUAAGAGAAGUCUCUGGCAAAUAUAUCUAUUAUCAAAGCCCUGUUGUCGUAACUCUUGGCUGUAUUGAAGGUUUCCCAGAUUAUAUUACGUUAAAAAGUUGUCUGUAUUUAUUACGAUAUUAAAGGUUUACAACAUUAAUUAAUAAAAUAUAACAGUUGCUCUUUGUGAAAAAAUAUUUAUAAUGCAAGUACACGUAUCUACUCAAGCAGUCAAUUCCACUAGAAAAAGAAACAAAAUCAUGAAAUAAAAUUAUAAUUAUAUAUUAAGAUAUUUUACAUAUCAGUUAUUUCUCGAGAUAAUUUUCACAAUUUUGUAAUUAUUAUGGAAAAUGUAUUUAAGAAAUAAUAAAAAUAACGCCA